GCCGCCGCCACCUCGUCGCCUCGGCGCGCUCAAAUGUAACGCCGAGGCAGCACCACCACUUGCCAGGCCUCCAACUCCAACAACCACCGCGAUGCCGUCCCACUCCGCCCUCGCGAGGUGGCUCUCCACCACCGCCUGCUCCCCGCCGCCGACGCCGCGCUCCCUCCCUGCCAGCCUCGCCUUCCUCUUCCUCUCCCCGUGCCCGCAGCGCGCGCUCCUCGCCGCCCUCGACCUCGUGUUCCUCCUCGCCGCGCUCGCGCUCGCCCUCCGCGCCUGGCACACUCGCCGCCGCAAUGACGGCGGCGGCGUCGACCACCGCGCGACGGAGCGGGAGCCUCUCCUCGCCUCGGCGGCGGGUCCCCGCCGCGGAGGCAGCACCCGGCACGGGCUAACGCUCGCGGCGUCCGGGGCCCAGGUGGCGGCGGCGCUUGUGCUGCUGGUGUCCGCGCUCCUGCGCCUCCGCCGGGGGGCCACGGGGGCGUGGGUCGCGGCGGAGUGCGUGCUCCUCGCCGCGCACGCCGUGGCGCACAUCGCGGCCGCGGGGGUCGUCGCGGCGGAGAAGAAGCCUGGGGCGGCCGCGCUGGCCGUCCACCCGCUGCACCUCAGGCUGUUCUGGCUCGGCACGGCGGCUUUCGCCGCGCUCUUCUCCGGGUGCGCGGCCGCCAGGUACGCCGCCGGGGAGCCCCUCCUCCCAGAUGACCCACUCGCGUUCGCGUGGCUGGCGCUCUCGCUCCCGCUGCUGUAUUUCUCGGUCACCGGCUCCACUGGCCUCGCCGUCGUCGGCGCUUCGUCCGACGUUGGCCAUGCCGCCGCGGCAGAGGUGACGUACGCCACGGCGUCGUGGUUCUCGCUCGCCACGUUCGGAUGGAUAAAUCCGCUCAUCAGCAAGGGCUCCAGGGAGACGCUCGCGACCGAAGACAUCCCGCCAGUGGCGCCGGCCGACACCGCCGAGGUUGCCUACGAGCUAUUCACCUCCAACUGGCCCGCGCCAGUGCCGGGGUCAUCCAUGCCCAAGCACCCGGUGCUCACCACGCUGCUGCGCUCCUUCUGGCCGCAGCUCCUUCUCACCGCCGUGCUCGGCGUGGCGCACCUCUCCGUCAUGUACAUCGGCCCGUCGCUCGUGGACAGGUUUGUCCAGUUCAUCCGGCACGGCGGGGAGUUCACGGAGGGGCUGCAGCUCGUUGCCGUCCUGCUAGCCGGCAAGACGGCCGAGACGUUGGCGUCGCACCACUACGAGUUCCAGGGCCAGAAGCUGGGGAUGCGCAUCCACGCCGCGUUGCUCGCUGCCGUGUACCGCAAGUCGCUGCGGCUGUCCACGGGCGCCCGGCGCGUGCACGGCACCGGCGCCAUCGUGAACUACAUGGAGGUGGACGCCGAGCAGGUGUCCAGCGUCAUGCACGAGCUCCACAAUCUGUGGCUGAUGCCGCUGCAGAUCGCCGUGGCGCUUGCCCUGCUCUACGCCCACCUCGGUCCCGCCGUGCUCACCGCCGUCGCUGCCAUCGUCGUGGUCACCGUGGUCGUGGCUUUCGCCAACAAGCUCAACAUCGGGUACCAGACCAAGUUCCUCGGGAAGCGUGACGAGCGCAUGAAGGCCAUCACCGACCUGCUCAACUACAUCCGCGUGAUCAAGCUGCAGGCGUGGGAGGAGAAGUUCGGGGACAAGAUCCGCGAGCUCCGGGAGGAAGAGCUCGGGUGGCUGGCCAAGUCCAUGUACUUCAUGUGCGCCAACACCAUCGUGCUGUGGAGCGGCCCGCUCGCCAUGACCGUGCUCGUCUUCGGAACCUGCGUGCUGACCGGCGUCGAGCUCGAUGCUGGCAAGGUGUUCACGGCCACCGCGUUCUUCCAUAUGCUGGACGGACCAAUGGAGAGCUUCCCCGAGGCGAUUUCUGCUAUGACGCAGGCAACCGUGUCUCUUGGCAGGCUUGACAAAUACCUCCUGGAAGCUGAGCUUGAUGACUCGGCAGUGGAGCACGUGGAUGACACCGGCAUUUGCACAGGCGAGGUGGUCGUGGCGGUGCGCGAUGGCGUUUUUGCGUGGGACAUGAGGGGCAAGAAGGAGAGAGAAGAUGGUGAGGAUGAUGACAUUGAUAGCGACAAUGAAAGCGAGGACGAGGAUGAGGAAGAGGAAGGGGAGGAGGAGGAGUACAAGGAUGUGGAGGUGACACCGGUGCUGGAGACGGUGCUCAAGGAGAUCAAUAUGGAGGUAAAGAAGGGAGAGCUUGUGGCGGUUGUCGGGACGGUCGGAUCCGGCAAAUCAUCGCUGCUGUCAUGCAUUAUGGGGGAGAUGGAGAAGGUCUCCGGCACGGUUAGGGUCUGUGGGAGCACUGCAUAUGUUGCACAAACUGCUUGGAUUCAAAAUGGAACGAUUCAAGAGAACAUCUUAUUUGGACAGCAGAUGCACCCCCAAAGAUAUAAAGAAGUUAUACGGUCUUGCUGCCUGGAAAAAGAUUUGGAGACGAUGGAAUUUGGUGACCAGACUGAAAUAGGAGAGCGGGGAAUCAAUCUCAGUGGUGGGCAGAAACAGAGGAUUCAGCUUGCAAGAGCAGCUUAUCAAAAUUGCAGUAUAUAUCUUCUUGAUGAUGUGUUCAGUGCUGUCGAUGCACAUACCGGUUCAAACAUAUUUAAGGAGUGUCUAAGGGGAACACUUAAGGGAAAGACCAUCAUACUUGUUACGCACCAAGUGGAUUUCUUGCAUAAUGUGGAUAAUAUAUUUGUCAUGAGAGAUGGUAUGAUUGAGCAGUCAGGAAAGUAUGAUGAACUACUAGAGGCUGGCUCAGAUUUUGCGUCUCUUGUUGCUGCUCAUGACAGUUCAUUGGAGCUGAUGGAGCAAAGUCAGCAAGCAGAGAAAACUGAACGUUCUCAGCCUGCUGCAGUUGUUAGAAUCCCUUCCCUUCGCUCUACAUCCAUUGGAAAAGGUGAGAAGGUGGUUGUCACACCAGACAUAAAGGCAGCUACUUCUAAGAUUAUAGAAGAAGAGGAAAGGGAGAUUGGUCAAGUAAGUUGGCAAGUCUACAAACUAUACAUGACAGAGGCUUGGGGUUGGUGGGGGGUUGUGGGCAUGUUUGCCUUUGCAUUGGUGUGGCAAUGUUCUGAUUUGGCUGGCGACUAUUGGCUAUCGUAUGAAUUGUCAGGCAGUAUUCCAUUUGACCCAUCGUUGUUCAUUGGAGUGUAUGUAGCCAUAGCUGUAUUUUCAAUGGUUCUCGAGGUAAUCAAGAGUCUUCUUGAGACGGUUUUUGGACUUAAAACGGCUCAGAUAUUUUUCACGAAGAUGUUUGACAGCAUUCUGCGUGCUCCAAUGUCAUUUUUUGACACGACUCCUUCAGGAAGGAUUCUCAGUCGGGCAUCAUCAGACCAAACAACCAUUGACGAUGUGCUGGCCUUUUUUAUUGGUCUGACAAUUUCAAUGUACAUUUCAGUAUUGAGUGCUAUAGUUGUUACUUGUCAGGUCGCAUGGCCAUCAGUUAUAGCCGUAAUUCCACUUCUUCUAUUCAACAUCUGGUACAUGAACCGCUAUCUUAAAACUUCUCGGGAGUUAACUCGACUUGAAGGAGUAACAAAUGCACCGGUUAUUGAUCACUUCUCAGAGACUGUUCUAGGUGCUACAACUAUAAGAUGUUUCAAAAAGGAAGAAGAAUUUUUCCAGAAGAAUCUAGUUGGAAUUAAUUCAAGUUUGAGCAUGUCCUUCCACAACUAUGCUGCAAACGAGUGGCUCGGGUUCCGACUGGAACUGAUUGGAACACUCGUAUUGUCAAUAACUGCUUUUCUCAUGAUAAGUUUGCCCAGUAAUUUUAUAAAGAAAGAAUUUGUUGGUAUGUCUCUUUCGCAUGGCCUUUCCCUCAAUUCCCUGGUGUACUUUGCAAUAUCCACUAGCUGUACGUUAGAAAAUGACAUGGUUGCUGUGGAGAGGGUAAAUCAGUUCAGUAAUCUUCCUUCUGAGGCAGCAUGGAAAAGAGAAGACAAUCUUCCUUCUCAGAAUUGGCCCACUAAUGGAGAUAUCGAUAUUAAGGAUCUAAAGGUCCGGUACCGACCAAAUACACCUCUAAUUCUGAAAGGUAUUAAUGUAAGCAUCAGUGGUGGAGAGAAGAUAGGAAUCGUGGGAAGGACAGGCAGUGGCAAGUCAACUUUGAUCCAAGUAUUGUUCAGGUUGAUUGAGCCUACAGAGGGGAAGAUGAUCAUUGAUGGAAUAGAUAUAUCCACACUGGGUCUGCAUGACCUGAGAUCUCGAUUAGGCAUAAUUCCCCAGGAACCAGUUCUCUUUGAAGGAACAAUUCGAAACAACAUAGAUCCAAUUGGACAGUAUUCAGAUGCUGAAAUAUGGCAGGCUCUGAAGCGCUGCCAGCUGAAAAAUGUAGUAGCUUCAAAACCUGAAAAACUUGAUGCUCCAGUGGCUGACAGUGGAGAGAACUGGAGCGUAGGCCAAAGGCAGCUUCUUUGUCUUGGUCGUGUCAUAUUGAAGCGGACCAAAAUCUUAUUUAUGGAUGAGGCAACUGCUUCUGUUGAUUCUCAAACAGAUGCCACGAUUCAGAAGAUCACACGACGAGAAUUCUCAACGUGUACGAUAAUAAGUAUUGCACACAGAAUACCAACAGUCAUGGACUGUGAUAGAGUUUUGGUGCUGGAUGAAGGCCUGGUAAAAGAAUUUGACGCACCGUCAAGGUUGAUUGAACAGCCAUCCCUUUUCGCUGCAAUGGUUCAGGAGUAUGGGAAUCGUUCUUUGAACCUGUAACUCUUCCCAUGAUGCUGCGAAUUUAAGAAAUAAGAGUCAUUUUGAUAGGUUGACUUGUGGGCACAAAUGGAGAAAAUCAAUCUCGAAAGAGAAGCAGAAAUAAAUUGCAAGUUCCUUUCCAACGAAGUUUAUAGGGAUCUCUUGUUCUUUAGAUGACAUUGUGUUGUUAAUUGGAUCUGAGGGGAGCACACUCGCCUGGUCUUGUUGUCGGAUUUUAGUCAGGAUGGCUAAUGUAACUUUCAGUUUCAGUGCUUCA